CCCGGGGGCGGGUGGCGUGCUGUCGCCGUCGCUGGCGGUGGCGGCGGCGCCUAUGUCCUCGCCCCCGGCGCCGCCCGGCAACGGAGGCAGCAACAGCAACGGCAGCGGCGGCGCCGGCGUCACGUGGUGGGCCAUGAUGAACGGCAGCCUCUACGAGGACAGCCCACCGCCACCCCCGCACCAGAGGCUCGGCGCACUGAGUCACCGCGCCGGCCUAUACUUACCUCCGCCUUCUGGGACUACCGCCGCGGCCUUGGCGUCGUUUCUGCAGCCGCCCGGGCGCGUGGGCGUCGCGGCGCCGCCGGGAAUUCAGAAUGAGCGCGUCCAGCUGCAAAUGUCAACACGGUCGCCGUCGCUCCCCACCUGCGCCGCCUUGGGCAGAGAAAUGAAUCCAACCUGCACACUUCUGUCGUCCUUGCUGCUCUCCGUGAUAGUCCAGGCGACGCCGCCCCCACCGUCCGGGCCCCCGCCGCCCCCGCAGCAGCAGCAGCCGCCGCCCCCGCAGCAGGCGCCGGCGCCGCCACCCAGCAGGACCGCCGCGACGCCCGGCAGCCCCCCGGCGCCGCCCCCUCAGGCCCCCACGACCGGCGGCGGCCCGACGAGCGCCACCUCGACGAGCAGCGGCAGCGCCAGCGGCAGCAGCACGCCCGCCGCCCCCGCCGGCGCCCUCGCGCCGCCCCCGCAGCCGCAGCAGACGCCGCCCCCGCAGCAGGCGCCGCCGCCGCCGCACAGCGACGCGAGCGUCGAGGCGACGCCCGCCAACACCGGCAGCACGACGACGUCGGCCGGCCCGCUGCACAUCCCGGCCAAGCGGCUGACGUACGCCGACUGCCCGCCAGACGUGGGCCUCGGCGGCGCCGCGCCGCCCGGGCUCGCCGGCGGCAACGGCGCGGGCGCCGCGGCGCUCGCCGGCGCUGGCGUCAUCCGACACUCGCAGGGCUCCGGAGGAGGCGCGGGUGGCCAGCCUUGGUCGGCGUACGACUCGUUCGAGCAGCACUACCCACCGCCCCCGCCCACCUACUAUAACCUGGCAGCGGAGCCCGGCGCGGGCAGCGGCGGGGGCGGCGCGGGUUCCGGGGGCGGCGGCGGCGCGGGCAGCGUCCGCUCCUCCAAGUCUUCGUCGUCCACUUCCUCCACCUCGAUGGCGGCCAACGCAGUAGCGGCGGCCGCGGCGCUCAGUUUCUGGUCGCCGGCCAACGUGGCGUCGUCGGGCGCCGGGGGCGGCAGCGCGGGAGGCGGGGGUGGCGGCGGCGGGGGCGGCGGCGGCGCGGGCAGCGGCGGCAGCGGCACCAACUCAGGCGGCGGCAACACGCCCGAGUACAAGUACUCGGCGGCGGUGGGGGCGGGCUCCGGGGGCGGCGCGCAGGACUGCCACCAGGGCUUCUCGCCGCAGUCGUGGUGCAACUACUCGGCGUACGGCUCGCGCCACCACCCGGGGGCGGCGGCGGCGCACGUCGACCCGCACCACCACCACCACCACCACCACCAGUACUCGGCCGAGGACCGCGGCCGCGUCGCCGCCGCCAUGGCGGACGCGGGCUUCGCCGCCGCCGCCGCCGCCGCCUCCCACGACGGCUACGGGCUGCGCCAGUACGGCGCGCCGGACCCCGUGCCCACGUCGCCGUACCCGCCCCCAGGAACUAAAGGCAGCGCGCAGUGGGCGGCGAGCGAGCAUUACCCGCCGCGGGGCUUCUCAAGGGACGACAUGCAGAGGUACCUGCGCCACCACCAGUCCGUCAUCCAGGACCUGCGGCUGCGCUCCGACUCAAGUAAAGCCCUCUGA